AAAAACCGCUAGAGGCGCAGAGUCGCUUGAGACAUAAAAGCCGUUGCAAGUUCUAGGUAAGCGCGUAUGCGACUAGUGAAUACUCGUAACAAGAAUCAAGUAUGUAUCAAGGAAAUUGUGUAAAUCUGUUGGAACAGCCUUUGGAGCAGGUGCGUCAAUGGCUGAACAGUUUUGAUACCAUCAUUAGCGAUUGUGAUGGUGUCAUUUGGCUGGGCGACAAUGUGAUUGAGGGCGCUGUGGCGACUAUGCGCCAACUCAAACGUUUGGGCAAGCAAAUUUAUCUCUGCACAAAUAAUUCCACGCGUACGCGUCAACAGCUGUACGAGAAGGCGCACAACAUGGGUUUUGACAUUAGCGCCGAUCAUAUUAUAUCCUCCUCGUAUGCCACGGCCGCCUACUUGAAAGCGCGUAACUUCCAGCGCAAAGUGUAUGUUAUCGGCACGGCUGGCAUAACGGACGAAUUGCAAGCGGUGGGCAUUAAGCACACGGAAGUGGGUCCUGAUGUUAUGUCUGGUAGACUCACAGCAUAUAUACAAUCCGGUUUGCGUAAGGAGUCGGAUAUUGGCGCUGUCGUGGUUGGUUUCGAUGUGCACUUCAGUUUUUGUAAAAUGAUUAAGGCUUCCGUGUAUCUAUCGGAUCCAAAGUGUUUAUUCAUCGCUACGAAUAUGGAUGAACGCUUCCCCAUAACUGGCAUGGUGAUACCCGAUGCGGGUAGCAUUGUGCGCACUGUGCAAACAUGUACGGCGCGCGAGCCGAUUGUGAUUGGCAAACCGAAUCGCAGUAUUUGUGAGUGGUUAAUCAAGAAUGGCAGCAUUAAGCCGGCGCGUACGCUUAUGAUUGGCGAUUGUUGUGGCAGCGAUAUAGUUUUGGGUCAUAAUUGUGGUUUCAAAACCUUGCUGGUCGGCACUGGCGUUAAUCAGUUGAGUGAUGUGCAUAUUUGGCAGAAAUCAAGUGAUCCGGAGCAUAAAAAACUCAUACCUGAUGUUUAUUUGCCGAGACUCGCCGAUCUGUUGGCGCUUAUUUAAACGCAAUUGGAUGACAAAAUUGAGGUUAAAUAAGAAAUAUUCAUAUAAAGAAUAUAAUAGACAAUUUUAUAUUAAAACAA